GAAGCCUCGGAGAGAAAAAGUGAGAGGGGAAUUCACGUGGAAGAAGGCGGAGAAUUUGCAAAAGCGGAGUGUGUUGCUCUUUCUUACUCUGGGAUUCCCAUCUAGGGCAUUUGAACAUAUCUCUCUUCCUGUGCAGAGAAGGGCUUGUGCUGAGCUGUGAUGAGCUGGUUCAUUCCAGCGCCAGGCUUCUUUAAAAACAAACAAACACCAAACCAUAAAUUACACCUCUCUUAGCUGGUGUGGAGGAAAAAGAAGACCCAGAAACCUGUGGAGAGAUGGGGUGUGCCUUAUCCUGCCCGGGUGUCACUCCGGAUCCCACCACCUCUGAAGAGAAGACGUGCCCAUCGCUGGAAGUCGGGCUGGAUUCUAAAGUGGAACUGGAGUCGUAUGAGGCUGAUGGACAGACGUCUGAACUGCUGCCCCUUUCAGAGUCUGAGAAGAGAAAGAUCCAGGAGAGCUGGGAAAUCCUUCACAAAGACAUCGCAAGAGUUGGAAUCAUUGUCUUUAUCAAGCUCUUUGAGACCCACCCUGAGUGCAAAGACGCCUUCUUCCUUUUCCGUGACAUUGAUGACUUCCAGCAGUUGAAGAUGAGCAAGGAGCUGCAGGCUCACGGCCUCAGGGUGAUGUCCUUCAUUGAGAAGAGUGUGGCACGGCUGAGCCAGGAGGAGAAGCUGGAACAGCUGGCCUUCGAGCUGGGCAAGCUUCACUGCCGGUAUAAAGCACCCCCCAAGUACUUUGAGUACGUCGGUGAUCAGUUCAUCCAAGCGGCUCAGCCCAUUGUCAAAGAGGAAUGGACCCCAGAGGUCGAGCAGGCCUGGGAGAGUCUAUUUAAAUACCUUGUAGCCACGAUGAGGAGAGGCUUUUACAAGGAACAGAAGGCGAUGGAGGGAGGCCAGCCAAGCUCUUGACUCAUGGAGUACCCGCCGGUGUCGAUACCACCACCCGAAACAGGAUCUAGCAACAUUUCUCUGCCCUCCGUCUUGUUUGCUGUAAUACCUCCUGGGAUGUUUUGUCUCCUCUCCUCUAAGGGAAGUUCCUUGUGUGCAAAGGGAGGCGUUUUAGCAGCCAGCUAGUCUCUGCUGGGAGCUGGGGCUGGCAGGAGAAUCCCAGGGCCUGUCAUGCUUGGGCCCCUUGGAAUGGGGACCCCACACCCCCAAGGAUCAUGCGUAAGAUCCUUCUAAAUGAAGAUCUUAUGUAUGGAUGGGGCAUUUUGGGAACAGAGGAAAGUUGGUAUAUGCCCCUCUAAGAGUUCUUGCAUAAGAACAGCCCUGCUGGAUCAGGCCCAAAGAAGACCAUCUAGUCCAGCAUCCUGUUUCGCAUAGUGGCCCACCAGAUGCCUCUGAGAAGUCCGCAGGCAGGAGGUGAGGGCAUGUCCUCUCUCCUGCUGUUGCUCCCCUGCACCUGGUCUUGAGAGGCAUAUAUAUUGCCUGUAUAUAUUUGAUCCCAGAGAGAAUCUAUCUGUGUGGUUGCUAAGAGUUGACAUCAACUUGAUGGCACUCAAUCAAUCAGUCAAUAUGUUUGAUGGCCUGUAGCCACCAAACUAGUAGCCAUUGAUAGGUCUGUCCUCCAUAAAUUUGUCUAAGCUCCUCUUAAAGCCCUCCAAACUAGUGCCCCUCACCACAACCCAUGGCAGAGAAUUCCAUAGAUUAAUUAUGUGCUGUGUGAGAAAAGUGCUUCCUUUUGUCGGUCCUAAAUUUCCUGGCAAUCAGUUUCACGGGAUGACCCUUGGAUCUAAUGUUGUGAGAGAGGGAUGACGUUCAAACACUGAGUUUUUCUUUGGCUUACUUUUCUUUGGCUUACUUAAUCUGCAGAUAGAAUCUGCCAAGCUGUUGUAUCUGCUAUCUUUACUUUGCGUGUUUACUCAGUGAAAAUGCUUUGUUAAGAGCUCUGCUUUUACCUGGAGGUAUUCUGUAUAAAACAUUGCACAAGAUCCUACAAGUGGCGACAAGGAUGGGAUACAGAAGCUUGUAUGGUUAGUAGGCACUUGAUCAGUAGGCACUUGAAUUUGGAUUCAGAUUAUUAUGGUCCAAAACCAGAAAAUAAGCAGAAAAGGCACCUGGAGGAUUAGUGAAAUGGCAGGCUAUCGCCUAUAUGGGACAAACGGGAGUCUUUGAGAGUGCGGGGGAGGCAAGCCUACUUGCAUAGAAAGGCAGAAGCAAUAUCUUGAAGUGAAUGCCAUUCCACCAGCAAAAUAUGUGGCAGCCUUGCUGAGGAUUAUGGGAGGAAAGCCUCUCAGUCUUGUAAACAAUUUGAUUGCUCCAGAGAAGCCUGCAACCAAGUCUUUUAAAGAAACAGUGCAAACUGUGCAGCAGCAUUUAUCACCAAAUCCCUUGAUUCUAGCAGAGAGGUGCUGCCAACUGAUCAAAGAUAGAGAUUACAGUCCUUGCUGUCAACUGCCUCACUGAAGGAGGGCAGGAUGGCUUCUUGUUUGAAGGAGGUAAUGGUUAGACCUCUUCUGAGGAAGCCUGCCUUAGAUCCCUUGGGAACUGAAAAUUAUAGGCAGGUCUCCAACCUCCAAGAUGAUACCCAAAUGUCUCUCUCUCCAUGUCCUCAUUAUCAGGAAAUAACAUUAUCUCCUUAAAUGCCUGUGGCCGUAACGGACCACAGUUUGUUUCAGAAGAGUUUAAGUAUUUCCUGCACCAUUAUGUCAUCCAGCACAUCCCCUUUGCACCGAAUCAGGCAACUACCAAUGGCCUAGUGGGAAGAUUUGUGAGAACCUUGGCAUGGGAUCUGAAAGCCAUGGUUGGUAAAAGUGGAUCCUUACAACAAAAACUGGCAUAUUUUUCAUUGGCCAGUUGCAAUGCUGCCCAUGCCAAUCACCUCUGAGAUGUCGGCGAUGCUGCUCCUGGGCAGAAAUCUCUGCUCAUGUUCGGAUUUGUUGAAACCUGAUUUGCACAGACAUGUCAGAGACCAACAACUGGGCCAAGCAGCUGCAAAAGGGAGUGGCAUGUCUUGUGGCUGUGAUGGCAUGGGACUACAAGGAUCCAAAUAAACUGUGCCCAGCAGUUAUCCAUCGCCAAACAGGCCCUGUGUCAUAUACUGUUUAGGGUUCUCUGCAUGUAAUUUGGUGUGCCACCAUAUUGAUCAGCUGUGGGACUCUGCAGUGGCACCAAGGUGAGCCGCCAAACCAACAUGUUCAGAAUCCUUUGCAUUUCCUCCACCAGUGUAGCCAGAGGAAGCCACUACAGCCGCACCAGAAUUAGAUCACAGAGAGCACAUCGGUUGCUUCUGAAGCCUUGUUUCAGCCAGACCGCUGCACUGGACUUGCUGGCUCUCGGGACUGUAAGCAGGAAGGGAGCCGGCACUGUCCAGAAUGGAGACACAAGCCACACGACCAGAGGCGCUCUUACGCCUGGACUUCGGGGCAGAAGUCCAGGGCCUCCACACCCCGUGGGGGCCCCCCAAACCCUCUUUAGUCCGUUCUGGGUAGUGUGGUGCCAAACGCGACUGUGACUUGUGCCGGGCAGCCGAGCGUGACCACUGCUUUAGAGACAGAGGUGGAAGGGGAGAAAGAAAUAUGCGGGAUAGAGAUGUGUUAGGUUGUGUGUUGACAUGUUUCUACUAAUACGUAUUUGCAUAAAUAUAUCUGUUUUAUGUUCUUACGAGUUCAGUUGCUGUUUGUUCCCUUAAGAACCCACUUGUUAGAAAUACUGCCUGUGUCAUGGGUGUGUGGGUGUGUGUGUUUGUGUGUAGGGUUGCCAACUGUCCCUCAUUACACGGGAUGCCCCUCAUUUCAAGGAUGAAAUGUUGGUCUCUCUAGGGACAGCGUUUGUCUCUCGUUUUGGGGGCGGGGGGAGCAGCUUCUUAUUUUGAGACAUUUUGGGUUGAAAAGUGCUGUAACUUGAACACGUUCUAAAUAAUAACAAUGCUGGCACUAUUCAACAGCAUAGACGUCAGUGAUAUUCAGGCUCUUGGUUACCACUGCAUACACCUCCCACCCGUCCCCAGCCACCCCACAGACUUGUGUCCCGCAUUCUGGCAAUGAAAUGUUGGCAACCCUAAGUGUGUCUGUGUGGUGCUCAAUUCCAGUGCUUUGCUAAGAGCGCUGUGUCUGCCUGGAGUUAUUAGCAAUAGCAAUAGCACUUACAUUUAUAAUACCACUCUAUAGCUGGAAGCUCUCUAAGCGGUUUACAAUGAUUUAGCAUAUUGCCCCCCAACAUUCUGGGUACUCAUUUUACCGACCUCCGAAGGAUGGAAGGCUGAGUCAACCCUGAGUCCCUGGUCAGGAUCGAACUUGUAACCUUCUGGUUACAGGGCGGCUGUUUUACCACUGCGCCACCAGGGGCUCUGGACACUACGCAAGACCUUGGAAACCCCAGGGCAGGGUGAGAGAGCGAGCUACCAGGAACCAGAGGCAGCUGAGCCUCAUGUGGAGCCCCCUACCCCACUCCACUCAUUAGGAGGGGCUGCUAGCUACUACUGUUGUCAGGAAAGUGGCAAAGCCCCGAUCCCCUUGGCAACAUCAAGUUGUGGCUCAGUGGCCAUAACACAAAAUACUUUUCUAGGAUUUAGGAAGCUUAGGUUAAGAGAAGAAUUAAGGCACAAAUGACUCCUAAAAUCUGCCUCCAGGACAGUACUCUUGUGACCUGUGCAACCUCUAAGAAGGACUGUUCCUUUUUCAUUGGGGUGGGGGGCGGGAUCAUGUCAAAGGAACAUCUUUCCUUCUCCGCUUGGCCUGUAAGCUGUAUCUUUGUGGCUGUGUGUUUCCCACCCUGCUGUAGUCGCUUUGGGACUGUACAAUUCCUAAUAAAAUACGUGGGUUUUUUUGUCA